AUGGCAGACCAUGACUGCGAGCAUUACUCUUCCGCCCCGACUUCUCCGUCGACUUCAGACACAAGCGCCCAGAGCAUCAUCGUCCCGCCUUUCCCAGCCGCCGCGGCCCCCGAGCCGCCCGAGGUACAGGCCACCAUCAAGGCACUCUCCCUUGUCCCGCACAUCGAAGGCGGCUACUAUGUCCUAACCGACUCGUCUCCCACCCUCAUCCCCAGCCCGUACCCGCCAAGCCCUCUCUCAGAGCAAACGCUUGCCCUAGUCGGCGGCCUUCGCCCCGGCUUCGACCCGGCCUUUCGCUCUCUUUCGUCUUCGAUAUUCUACUACCUCACCCCGGCACGCCCCACCGGCUCCUUUCACCGCAACCGCAGCCGCAUCGUCCACACCUGGCACCGUGGUCGUGGAUGUUACAUCCUCAUCUAUCCAGACGGCCGCGUCGAGUCCUUCAUUGUCGGCUCCGACGUGGAGCGUGGGGAAAAGCUGCAGUGGGCCGUCGAAGGGGGCGUCUGGAAGGCGAGUUACCUGCUGGGGCCGUCGGAUGCGGACAGCUCCCACAACGAGGGGCUGCUCAUAUCGGAGACGGUGGUCCCGGGCUUUGAGUAUGCGGACCAUGAGUUUCUCUCGCGCCAACGAUGUGCCGAGAUACUCUCGGAGAAUUUGCUUCAGGAGCUAGGGUGGCUCGUGAAACAUUGA